GAAAAAAACACAUUUGUCACUGUUUUCAAAUAAAUCACAAGUCCUACCAAACCGACGGUGAUGACUAUGAUGUUGAUGAAGUCUGCUGUGUUCAUCUUACCUUAUCUUCCUUUUCCAUUCUUCUUCUUCGGGGGUGCAAAGAUUGCGGUGCUAUUCAUCUAAAAUGAAUGUGGUUUGGAUUCUUUGGUUGUUGUUACUUGUUGAUUUUGGAUUCUGUGCAAAUGGGCUUAGUGGGAAUGUGACUUCAAGACCUGCUGUUGUGAAUAUUGGAGCUAUUUUCACUUUUGAGUCUACCAUUGGUAGAGUAGCCAAGAUUGCAAUUGAGGAGGCUCUGAAAGAUGUCAAUUCCAAUUCCAGUGUUCUUCCUGGAACCAAGCUUGUGGUACAGAUGCGAAAUUCCAAUUGCAGUGGCUUUCUUGGCAUGGUUGGAGCUUUGCAAUUUAUGGCGGCUGAUAUUGUUGCAAUUAUAGGCCCACAAUCUUCUGUAGUUGCUCAUAUUAUAUCAAAUGUUGCAAAUGAACUCCAAGUUCCUUUGCUGUCAUUUGCAGCUACAGACCCCACUUUAUCUUCUCUUCAAUUCCCCUUUUUUGUUAGGACAACACAAAGUGAUUUAUAUCAGAUGACCGCAGUAGCUGAGAUUGUUGAUUAUUAUAGUUGGAAGGAAGUAAUUGCUAUAUUCAUUGAUGAUGAUUAUGGAAGGAAUGGUGUGUCAGCAUUAGAUGAUGAAUUUGCAGCUAGGCGCUGUAAAAUAUCCUACAAGGCUGGAAUUCCCCCGGGAUCGGGAGUUAGUAGGGGUGACAUAAUGGAUAUUCUUGUUAAGGUUGCAUUAUUGGAGUCUCGAGUUAUUGUUCUUCAUGUUAAUCCUGAUUCAGGUUUCUUGGUUUUUUCCGUGGCUCACUAUCUUGGAAUGAUGGGAAAUGGGUUUGUUUGGAUAGCUACUGAUUGGCUUUCUUCUGUUUUAGAUUCCUCUUCACCCCUUCCCUCUGAGACCAUGGACACAUUGCAAGGAGUACUUGUUUUGCGUGCUCACACACCAGAUUCACUUAAAAAAAGAGCUUUCUUCUCUAGAUGGAACAAACUAACUGGUGGUUCUUUUAGGUUAAAUUCUUAUGGACUUUACGCUUAUGAUACUGUUUGGCUGGUUGCUCAUGCUAUUGAUUCAUUUUUCAAUCAGGGAGGGAUUAUUUCAUUUUCCAAUGAUUCUAGGUUACAUUCCGGCACAGGGAGUAAUCUUCACCUCAAUACAAUGAGAAUUUUUGAUGGAGGAGGACUCUUAUUGAAGAAUAUACUGCAGAGUAAUCUUGUGGGUUUGACAGGUACUAUCAAGUUUAAUUCUGACAGAACUCUCAUUCUUCCUUCAUAUGAUGUUAUUAAUGUGAUUGGGACUGGGUUCAGACGGAUUGGUUACUGGUCUAACUAUUCUGGUUUAUCAACUGUGCCUCCCGAGACACUAUACUCAAGCCCACCUAAUCGUUCGAGUGCAAACCAACGUCUAUAUAGUGUUAUUUGGCCUGGAGAAACUGUAAUAAAACCUCGCGGAUGGGUUUUUCCAAACAAUGGGAAGGAAUUGAGAAUUGGGGUUCCUAUUCGGGUGAGUUACCGGGAAUUUGUUUCACAAGUGCGAGGCACUAAUACUUUUAAAGGGUUCUGCAUAGAUGUAUUUACAGCUGCUGUAAACCUGUUACCAUAUGCUGUUCAAUAUCAAUUUAUUCCCUUUGGGGAUGGAAAGAAAAACCCAAGCUACACAGAGCUCGUGGAGUUGAUCACAACGGGUGUUUUUGAUGCCGCUGUUGGUGACAUUGCCAUUGUCACAAAUCGGACGAAGAUUGUAGAUUUCACACAACCAUAUGCUGCAUCUGGACUACUUGUAGUGGCCCCAUUUAAGAAGUUGAACACAGGUGCUUGGGCUUUCCUGCGGCCAUUUUCUCCACUGAUGUGGGGUGUUACUGCUUUGUCCUUUAUUCUUGUUGGAAUAGUUGUGUGGGUUUUGGAGCAUCGGAUAAAUGACGAGUUCAGAGGACCACCUAAGCAGCAAUUCAUAACUAUACUAUGGUUUAGCCUCUCAACCUGGUUUUUUGCGCACAGAGAGAACACGGUGAGCACCUUGGGGCGUGUAGUGUUAAUUAUAUGGCUCUUUGUGGUUCUGAUAAUCAACUCAAGUUACACUGCAAGUUUGACCUCAAUCCUAACAGUGCAACACCUAUCUUCUCCUAUUAAAGGUAUUCAAACCCUCAAAACAAGCGAUGAGCCUAUUGGAUAUCAAGUGGGCUCUUUUGCUGAGCAUUACUUGGUUGAGGAAAUUGGUAUACCUAAAUCUAGGCUUGUUGCCCUCGGAUCACCAGAGGAAUAUGCUACAGCACUUCAGAAUGGCCCUAAAAAAGGGGGUGUUGCUGCUGUGGUUGAUGAACAACCCUAUAUAGAUCUUUUCUUGUCAAGCCAGUGCAAAUUCAGGAUUGUUGGUCAAGAGUUCACCAAAGGCGGCUGGGGUUUUGCAUUUCCGCGGGACUCUCCUUUGGCUAUUGACAUGUCCUCUGCAAUUUUAACACUUUCUGAGAAUGGGGAUCUCCAACGGAUCCAUGACAAGUGGUUGACAAGAAGCGCUUGUAGCUUGGACAAUGCCGAGAUUGAAUCAGACCGCCUUCACCUGAAGAGUUUCUGGGGCCUUUAUCUUAUAUGUGGGAUUUCUUGCUUCAUUGCUCUUGUCAUAUAUUUCUUCCAGAUUAUGCGAAAGUUUUACCGUGCUGCGCACGCCGAACCAGUUUCAAAUGGUGAGGGCAGUUCACGCUCUAAGAGUAUUCAGAGACUAUUGUCAUUAAUUGAUGAGAAGCAAGACCAGUCAAAAAGGGACAAAAAGAGAAGAAAGAUGGAGAUAUCAUCACCCGAGAAGGAUAAAGAAAAUGAGUUGGAAAGGAAUCCGAAAAGGAGACCAAAUCAAUUAUUUACGGAGGGUGGUGACAUUAACUCAAGCAAUUGAAGUCACCGACUCACUUAUUAUUUCCAUUUCAACAUUUAAGACAUAAUUCUACUGAACAUUUAAGAGAUAAACUGUUUAUGUUUCUGAAAAUAGUUGUUUAUGGAGGAGCUUGUGGGAGCAGUUUUUUCAUUAGAGGACAGCAUGGAACUAACUUGACUAGUUUUCUCGAAGAAUAGAACUAAAUGCCAAUUGUACAACAAUUUUUAUUUAUUUCUUGUUUCUCUUUU